UCGGUGCGGCGGGAUGAGCGGGGUGCCGGGGCUGCGGGAGGACUGCGAGGAGCUGCUCGGCGCCUUCCAGAAGGCCGACACGGUCCGCUUCGAGCGCUUCGCCGAGCUGUGGCGGGAGCGCCGCUUCCACACCGUCUUCUAUGGUAGAAUAAGAGCGUUGGAGAGGAAUAAGCUCACAAAGAAGACUUUAGAACUGGCACAGCAGUACUUUCUGCCCCCUUAUGCCUUCCAGAUACGAGUUGGUGCUCUGUACCUUUUGUACGGGCUCUAUAGCACACAGCUCUGCCAGCCAAAACAGAAGAUCAGAAUUGCCCUCAAGGAUUGGCCCGAAAUCCAGAGAUUUCAGCAAGAUCUGAUUGACUCCCAGCACUAUGAUGCAGCAUACAUCUUCAGGACCCUGCGACUUGCCCGAGCAUUCCAUUUCACUGCCAUGCCAAAGCCACUAAACUACCGAACUAAGAAGAAGAUUGAGGAAAAUGAAUUUAAAGAAGAAUUUAAAGACCCAAGUAACAGAGUGAACAGCUUCAUCACUAAUGAUGUAUUGGAGGAACUGAUGAAUAUUCAUGAACACUAUCAGAAAAUGAAGUGUGUCAUUUCAGCUGACAAAUCCCAGCCAGCCAAGGCAUUGAGCUUGAUAAAAGAUGAAUUUGUAGUUACUCUUAAAGACAUAACUUUGGAACAUCAGGAGUGGCAGCAGAACAGAAUGAAAUUAUUCCUAAAUGCUAAAGAAACUGGUGAAAUGUCAGAUGAAAAGAAAGAAGAGACUUUGUUAGAAUCAGAGGGUUCUGAAAGAGCAAAUGCACUGGCUAGAAUCAAAUACAAAUCUUACUCUGCAGUUGCUGAGGCUUCCAAAUCCAGAAGACAUCGUCAAGUAAAAUUAGAAUCUUCUGAAUCAGGAUCAAAUUAUGGGAAAUCUCCAAGACAAAAUAAAAAAGCCAGUAGGAGACCACAGGCAACAAGGAGGAGAGGUUCUUUGGAGAUGAAAGCAGGUGAAAUGCAAGUGGCAAUGGAAACUGUAACUCGGCAUAUUGGGAUGCCUGUAAUCACAGAAGAGGAGAACUCUGGUGAAGAAGUAUCUCUCCCCAAGAAGAAAAGAAGAUGUUAAAGGAUACAGCUGGAGAAGAAAUAAUGUGAAUUUUAAUGAUAAAAUGUAAAUGUCAGUAACACAAAGUGCUUGUUUUGGAUGCCUUUGAACCUACACCAACUGUCCAGGACCAGAACGACAGGUGACACUAACACCCGAGCUGUCUCAUUGUACAGCACCUGGUGCUUUUCUUCACCUGGUGAAUGCUUCUUCUGGAAGACAAAGUUGCUGUGCCCUAUUUGGGAUGGGGAGAGAAGAUGGUUGUUUGUAUUUAGUUCACCCAGUGUGAGUUAGCACUUGGAGCUGGUGUUGAUCUGCAGGGGUGUUUUUAGCUGAGACUGUUACCAGAACAGCUCACAAAAUAGUUGCCUGUAUGAGACACAUUUGUAGUCUUUAAUCUCUAAACAUAUCAUUAAGGUUACUGACUGUUGAAAACGAGUGUAAUAAAUUAUUUUUCACAGUUUA